AGUACCAGAAACAGGCAGCAGUCCCGGACAGCAGGAGCUGGAGAGCACGCUGGCAUCCAUCUGUGGGAUUCUACUCCUCUCACACAGCUUUGAUUCUUCUCAUUUUUGUAGGUUUCCUUGCCAUUUUUUCUCUACCUAUCACUUUUUCUGCUCUCUGUGUAUCAUUUUGCUUGCUCUGUAAUUUGGCAGCUCUUGUCGUUUCUGUGUGGGACACAAAUACGGCGUAAAAGAGAACGAGAAAAGGCACCAGGCACUUUCCUUUGCUCGAAUUAACAAAGCCGUGUGGCGUCACUCGGGUCGUCUUUGCUGGAAUGAAUAUAUCUGAGUCUAGUUACUGUCAAGAGGCCACCACUCAGCCCAGCCAGGUUGUGGAGUGCGGAGCAUGGGGCCCUUCCUCCAGCCCAGUGGGCCCUGACCGGAGCCACGGAUUUGACCACAGUCUGACCACGGAGCUGGGGUCCCGAUCCGGAGGUGCCGCAGGGGCGGCGGAGAGGAGGACGGGCAGUCCCGACUCGACCCGUCCCGGGACGGCCGUCGAUGGGAAGUGUGGGGGAGAGGCGCGGAUCCGCAGGCCCAUGAACGCCUUCAUGGUGUGGGCUAAAGACGAGCGCAAGCGGCUGGCACUACAGAACCCGGACCUCCAUAAUGCUGUACUGAGUAAAAUGCUGGGUCAGUCCUGGAAGUCCCUGAGCACAUUGGACAAGCGUCCAUUUGUAGAGGAAGCAGAGAGGCUCCGACUACAGCACCUGCAGGAUCACCCUAACUACAAAUACCGCCCCCGCCGCAAGAAGCAGCCCAAGAAGAUGAAACGGGUGGAGCCGGGGCUACUCCUGCACGGCCUGGCGCAAGGCGUGGCCGGAGGAGCUGGAAGCGGAGAGGCCUACCCUCAGCAUCCUCACCCACACCACCUGCUGCCUUCUUUGGGACACUUCCGGGACCUGCAACCAUCUGGAGCCGCAGAGCUGGAGAUCUACGGCCUGCCCACUCCGGAAAUGUCCCCACUAGACGUGCUGGAAGAUGGCGGAGGCGACUCCGUCUUCUUCCCUCCUCACAUGCAGGAAGAUGUUGGCCUGGGACCGUGGGUCAACUACCACCAGCACCAGAACCACAACCACAACCACCAUGGAGGCCACCACAGUCACUCCAGCCACCACCACCACCCCUCCAACCCUCAUUCCCUCCAGCAUGCUCACCUCAACCACAAGUCCCCUUUGGCCUGCCGACCCAUCCAGGAAAAGUGCAUGGGCCCAGAGCCAACGAACCCUCCAAGUCUGUACCCUCCCCAUACAAGUAUGGGUCUACCAGACCCAACCAAAGCCCAGCAACCUCCUAGUGCCCCCAUUCAAACUGGUUACUAUACUCCGAUGUAUGGAACCAGUCAGCAACCGCCAGCCUUCACCUCCCAACUGGGGCAACUAUCUCCUCCUCCAGAAUCUUCCAACCCAGCUCCUGCCCCCUCGGCUCCCCAGGUCCCUCCACCUUCCCUGGACGCUAGCAACCAGCUCGGGCACUCAGUGGACUUCUGGAGUGAGGUGGACCGCCAUGAGUUCGAGCAGUAUCUGAGCACCAGCAGGACUCGAGUGAGCAGGAGUGCUUGUGAGGAGAGCAAUACACUCAUAUCAGCCCUGUCCGACGCCAGCAGUGCCGUCUACUACAGUGCCUGCAUUACUGGAUAAAAAUACGUUCAGCGCUUGCAAACUGUUGCUAUUGUAACAAAACCUUGUAUCUCUGAAACGGCAACUUUAGAGGAGAUCACAAGUUUGAUCCCUGGUGAUGCUGCAGCCGUCCGUAGCCGGGAGUCCAAGAGAGCACAACUGGCCUCGCUCUCUCUGGGUGGGUAGGAUGGCCCCCCACUCUCCCCCAUCACUCAAUGCGAUACUAGUCAGAGCAGGCGUCUGUCAGCUGACGUAACAGAUCUGGCGGUUGGCGCUUUCCUCCGAGCGCGUUUGGCUGUCCAAUGACGUUGCGUGAGCGGCACUUCGAAAAGAAGCGGUGGCUGGUUUCACAGGUCUCGGAGGAAGCCUGUGCUGCCUACACCCUCCUAGUGUUGAUAGUAUUGUGUGAUUGGGGGAGUCCUAAUUAACAGGUAGAAUUGGAGACGACUAAAUUGGGGAGAAAAUUGGGUAAAAAUCCAAAAGAAAGCAAUUAUUCAGAGUAAUUUUGGACCAUUUCUAGUGAUCACACACACAAACAAGGGCUGCUGUCGAAACAAAACCUUGUAUCUCCAUUUUUGCCGUUUUUCAGUUUUUGGCGUAAUUUAAAAAUACCUGUUGUUCUUUAC